AUGGCACAAGCCAAUAUCGACACUGCUGUCGAUGCUUUCGACAGCCCUUGCGUAAUGACCUUCAUGGUCCCCUGGUUGGGCGUGGGAGAGGAUUUUGCAGGAAAGGGGCUUGGGGGAAGGUAUACCAUCACUUCAAUUCCCAGCAUGACUAUCGGGGCUCAGCUUGUUGAGCUCCACUCGGGACAGCGGGUUAUGCACGCGGUUUGCGACUCAGGUUCUCUUUCGUCGUGA